GUCACUCCGACUCCGGUCUCCAUCCAUCCCCGGUGAAUCCUGCCGACGCUGCUCCGUCCACCUCCCCAUCGGUGUCGCCUGCUGGAACAGGUGGCCUUCCAAGUUGUAUAGCAUUUCCUUUGCGCCCAUGAUCCACGGUUGAUAAGUCGCGAUCCGGGGGGAAAGUAUACCUCGUAUCGCGCCGGCGGGGAGAUCUAUACGACUCGACUCCCAGCGAGUCAUUCUCUUAUCACACCGCUCCUGACAGCCAAAUACACCGCGCAGAAGCGACUCAAAGGCCAUGGAAUUACCUCAAACCACGGAAGGCUCGAUGUUGGUCGGUGCCGCCAGACGAACCUUGGGCAUUUGUCUGCUUCUGGUCGUGGUAUUCUUGUGGACGGCUUCCAAUUUCCUCGCCAGUACUAUAUUUGCGAAUGAUACAUACUCGAAGCCGUUCUUUGUGACAUACGUCAACACCUCGUUAUUCACCCUCCCUCUCUUCACGAUCCUCAUCAGUCGGCUCUUGAAGUUAUGGCGCGCUGGGAAGCUCUACCGAAUCCGCUCAUUCCAGAGCUUAGUGGAACACCUCGAUUCUCAUGAAACGAACGCCGAGUCCCAGAGGAUACUUGACUAUGAUGCAGUCGCGGAACGUCGGCGCAGCGACGAAGACCCUGACACAUGGGCUGCUGCCAGGUUCGAUACUCCAUUCAGAGAUCGGCCGUCGAAACUGGGGUUGAAAGCGACUGCCAAACUGAGCCUCGAGUUCUGUCUGUUAUGGUUCUCCGCGAACUACUUCGCCAUGGCCUGCCUCCAAUACACAACCGUAGGAAGCACCACCAUCCUCACCUCAACAAGCGGCGUCUGGACCCUCAUCUUCGGCGCCCUAAUCAGAGUCGAAAAAUUCACCAUCCGCAAACUCAUCGGCGUAGUCGCCUCCCUGAUCGGAAUAAUUCUUAUUUCGCGCGUCGACAUGUCCAACCCCGACACCCCCCCCAUCGACAGCACCUCCAGCAUCAUCACCACCAGGGAAAGUACCUUUCCAACCAAAACCCCCGGCGAGAUCGCCCUCGGCGACGCCAUGGCCGGCUUCAGCGCCGUCCUCUACGGCGUAUACACCAUCGUCCUGAAGAAGCAAGUAGGCGAUGAAUCCCGCGUCAACAUGCAACUCUUCUUCGGUCUAGUAGGACUAUUCAACACGGUUUUCCUCUGGCCUGGAUUCAUCAUCCUCCAUGUCCUCGGUAUAGAGACCGUAGGAAUGCCCGAUACCGGGAGAGUGUGGACGAUUAUUUUGGUCAACGCCCUCGCCUCCCUAGCAUCCGACAUCGCCUGGGCCUACGCCAUGCUCCUAACCACUCCUCUCGUGGUAACGGUAGGAUUAAGUCUCACGAUCCCGCUCUCGCUAGUGGGUCAGAUCGUCCUGCAGGGACAGUAUGCGAGCGCGUUGUAUUGGGUUGGGGCGACGGUGGUGUUUUUGUCGUUUUUGGUAGUGAAUCAAGAGAGUCAGGAGGUGGAUGAGGGGGUCGGUGGUGUUGGCGGUGGUGGGUAUGAUGCUAUUCCAGGGGAUGAGAGGGAUAGAUGA